CUACACCCCUUUCAUCCUCAAGUGUCUUUUUUAUCUUUGUUAUGAGUAGCAUGACAAUUCCGGCAUUCUCGUACUCUGCUUCCUUAACCUUCCAAUGGAUGUAUGAUGUUUUCCUUAGUUUCCGGGGUGCAGAUACUCGCACGGGUUUCACCGGUAACCUUUACAAUGCUCUGCAUGAAAAAGGAAUCAACACCUUCAUCGAUGAUCAAGAGCUUGGAAAAGGAGAAGAAAUCACGCCAGCUCUAAUGCAUGCGAUUCAAAAUUCUAGGAUUGCCAUUGUGGUCUUUUCAGCAAACUAUGCAUCAUCAUCUUUUUGUUUGGAAGAACUUGUGAAUAUCAUGGAGUGCAUAAAUCACAAGGGUAGGUUGGUUUGGCCUGUUUUUUAUCAAGUGGAUCCAUGUGAUGUGCGCCAUCAGAAAGGGAGUUUUGCAGAAGCACUAGCCAUGCAUGAAAGAAAAAUUAAUGACAAGGAGAAGGUGAAAAAGUGGAGGCUUGCAUUGCAGGAAGCUGCUAAUCUCUCUGGCUGGCAUUUCACAUAUGGGUACGAAUAUGAGUUCAUUAGGAAGAUGGUUCAAGAGGUCUCUAAAGAGAUUAAUGGUAGCCCUUUAUACGUUGCUAAGAACCCAGUUGGGUUAGAGUCUCGUGUGCAGAAAAUAGCCUCACUUCUUGAUGUUGAAUUAAGUGAUCAAGUCCACAUGGUAGGGAUUUAUGGCAUGGGAGGAAUUGGUAAAACGACACUUGCAUGUGCAGUGUAUAAUUUCAUUGCCGAUCAAUUUGAGAGUCUUUGUUUUCUGGCUGAUAUUAGAGAAAAUUCAGUGAAGCACGGGUUGGUACAACUACAGGAGACACUUCUUUAUGAUUUAGUAGGGGAGAAGGAUGCUAAGUUGGGGAAUGUAAACAAAGGAAUUCCAAUAAUUAAAAACAGGCUCUGUCAAAAGAAAAUACUUUUGAUUCUCGAUGAUGUAAACAAAUUGGAGCAUCUAGAAGCACUUGCUGGUGGACUUGAUUGGUUUGGUUCUGGAAGCAGAAUUAUUAUAACAACAAGGGAUAAGCAUUUGCUACAUGUUUAUGGUGUGGAAAAAACUUACGAAGUAGAAGGGUUAAAUCAUAAAGAAGCCAUUGAAUUGUUUAGCUGGUGUGCAUUCAAAAGAAAAGAAGUUAAUCCUAGUUAUAUGGACAUUUUAAAGAGAGUAGUACUUUAUUCUAAUGGGCUCCCAUUGUCCCUUGAAAUAAUAGGUUCUGACUUAUUUGAUAAAACAGUGUCGGAAUGGAUUUCGGCAUUAGAUACUUAUGAAAGAAUUCCUCAUCAAAAUGUUCAGGGAAUUCUUAGAGUAAGCUAUGAUGGCUUAAAGGAAUUUGAGAAGGAAAUUUUUCUUGACAUAGCAUGCUUCUUUAAAGGAAACAAAUUAAGUGAUGUCAUAAGCAUACUACACGGUGGUCGUGGCUCUCCAAUAGACUAUGUUAUCCAGGUGUUGAUCGAUAAGUGUCUCAUAAAAAUUGUUCACUGUCAUGUGAGAAUGCAUGACCUGAUUGAGGAUAUGGGUAGGGACAUUGUACGGCAAGAAUCACCCUUAAAGCCAGGUGAACGUAGUAGAUUGUGGUUCUCUAAAGAUAUUCUUCAUGUUUUCAAAGAGAACAAGGGUUCGGACAAAACUGAAAUCAUCAUGCUAAAUCUGCUCAAAGACAAAGAAGUGCAAUGGGAUGGAAAUGCGUUAAAGAGGAUGGAAAACCUUAAAAUACUGGUUGUAGAAAAUGCUCGCUUCUCUAGAGGACCUAGUCAUCUCCCAAAAAGUUUAAGAGUGCUGAAAUGGUUUCGAUAUCCUGAAGCUUUGCUGCCAGCUCAUUGUGAUCCAAAGAAAAUUGUCAUACUUGACUUGUCUAUGAGUUUCUUUUCAUUUGACAAUCAGCUCAUCAUGAAAUUUAAGUCUUUGUCUGAAAUGAAGUUAAGCGGUUGCAAAUUAUUAAAACAAGUACCUGACUUGUCUGGGGCACCAAAUUUAAAGAAACUGCAUCUUGAUCACUGCAAGAAUUUAGUUGAAGUUCAUGAUUCCAUUGGAUUCCUUCAAAAACUUGAAGUGUUGAAUCUUGAUUAUUGCACCAGUCUCAGGGUUCUUCCUUGUGGCAUCAACUUAACUUCUCUUGAAACCCUGUCCCUCAGGAUUUGUACAAGUCUCAAGAGUUUUCCAGAAAUUUUAGGGAAGAUGGAAAACUUAAGGUACAUUUAUUUGAAUGAUAGUGCCAUAAGAGAAUUGCCCUUUUCAUUUGGAAAUCUUGUGGGGCUUACAAUGCUCACUCUCAGUGGAUGCAACGGGCUACUUGAACUACCGAGUAGUAUUUUUAUGCUUCCAAAACUUGAGAUCUUGCAAGCUAACAGCUGCAAUGGGCUUGCACAGAUAAAAAAUGGCAAAGGACAAGAGCAAGAAACAAUGUCUACCAAUGUGAGAGAUGUCGGUUCUUUUCCCUUUGAAAGAAAUGCUAGUUUUGGUCAUUGCUGUCUCACAGAUGAAUUCCUUGCUACCCUUCUUCCUUGCUUGCACCAUGCGACACGUUUGUACCUCAUGCGUAACAAUAUCACAGUCUUACCAUCAUGCAUCAAUGCAUGCCACUCUUUAACAGAACUUUAUUUGGAUGGAUGCAAGGAGCUUAAAGAAAUCAGAGGGUUGCCACCAAAUAUAAUACGUCUAUCAGCAGUAAACUGCACGUCAUUGACUUCCCAGUCCAAGGGAAUGUUGCUGACUCAGGCACUGCAUAGAACGGGGGAUACAUGUUUCUGUUUUCCGGUGCCAGGAUGGACUAUCAAAAGUUUGUUCAAUCACUGCAGUGUCUUUCUGCUCCAAUUUAGCAGUGAUGAGUUUGACACAUUGUGCACUGUGAAUGAAUGGAACCAUGCUGAGAUUUCAUUUUCGGAAAAUGAAAGAACGGAUUUUGAAUGGAUGGGAGUUUAUGUGAAGGAACACAAUACAAACAUGGCGGAUAUUCGAUUUACAAAUCCUGGGAAAAUGCUCAUUACUGGAUCGUGUGAAAAGUAG